AUGGCACUCGAGUCAUCUAACCCGAAAUUGAACCAGGACGCACUCGACGGCUUUGAGGCCUUCGUAAAUUGCGAUGAACUUUAUGAUGAGAAAGAUACGCCGACGGAGGAGGCCCAUAUAACUUUCCAGUUUAUUGGAGCUAUUUGGCCCUGCAAUGUUUUCAGUGAAUGUUUGCAAGCUAAUUUGUUGAAGAUGCCUCUUCAAGGGGUGCAGGGUACCCAACUCGUCAUUGCCUCACCAGCACAGCUGGAAUCGCCACUUCUCGAGUCCGAGCUUCAAAUCCUGGGAGUCCUAAAAUACCUGACUGACCAGCUUCUGCCGGAAAACAUUACCGCUCACAAUCGGGCGGCAUUGCCCCUCUAUCUGGAAGCCAUUGGUACAGUUGUUGCAAUUCUACCCAUCUCAAUAGUUGGCCGACGGGCUUUCUUAAAUAUCCUUUGUAUCUUUGUCCACCUCACACUGCUCGUCGGCCCUAUUCAAGAACUACGACCUAUGUUGGAGUCGGUGUAUCACAGGAUGCUUCUAUACCCUCCCAUCAGUCAUCGCUAUGAUGCAGUGAGAGCGGUUACAAAGGUAUGUUCCUAA